AUAUUUACUAGGCCAAUUGAAUGUGUUAGACGUGCCAUCGCUUUCGCUUAAAAAUGUUAUCAUGGUAUAUAUCACCUCCAAUGAAGUAGAUAAAACUCAUAUUUGUUAUUUACUGAUUCUAAAUCUAAUCUAUUUGGCUUACUUAUUAUUAUAUGACGAAGGAUUGAUCUAGUUGUAUUUUGCACACGGAGCAAGAAAAUUGUGAGUUGUUGUCAUGAGUGAAAAAUAUUUUUUUAUAUACAACGUAGGUGGCAAACAAGCAUAGGGCCGCCUGAUGUUGUAUAGGGCCUGGGAGGUUACAGUGAAAAUCAAAAUCCAAGUCGUCGAAGGGGUUCUCGAAUAUAAUACCCUGAUACCGACGUAAAAUCAAAGAUCAAGAUGAAUGACCUUGAAGACAAGGUAGUGUUAAUCACCGGCGGGGCCAGCGGCGUCGGCUCUGGCGUCGUAAGACUACUAAUGGAAGAAAAAGUUCAGCAUGUAGCCAUACUAGAUAUAGCCAAAGAUGCUGGUGAAGCUUUCCAAGACGAAUUGAACGCGAAGUACGGGCCCGACAAAGUGAAGUUCCACCUGUGUGACAUCACCGAUGAAGAAGUGUUCUUGCUCAUCAUGGCCGAGGUCAAGAACACACGUGGCCACAUUGACGUGGUGAUCAACAAUGCCGCGAUCAUGAAUGACAGCUGGCAGACUUAUAAGAAGGAAAUAUCUAUUAAUGUGAUGGCUCUCGUAACCGGUUCUCUUCGAGCCUUGGAAAUGAUGCGUCGCGAUGAAGGUGGGAAGGGUGGCACCAUCAUCAACAUGUCAUCCGUGGUCGCACUGUGUCAGCAUCCAACGCUGCCAGUCUACUGGGCUACCAAGAGCGCGGUCCUGCAGUUCAGCAACUGCCUUGGAAUGGAGGAGCACUACAGCAGAUCGGGCGUACGAGUGAUUACUGUAUGCCUAGGCGUUACCGAUACGGGCCUACUCAAGCCGCAGAAAACAGGCCGCUUCGACAAGUAUUACGAUGCUCAAUACGGGGAAGCAUUUCCCACGAUGAGAUUACAGAAAAUGGAAUCAGCAGCCAAAGGAAUUGUGGAAGCCUACAAACGCGGAGAGAGCGGCAGUACCUGGUUGGCUACACGAGAUGAGCCCGUUAAAGAUAUCACUGGGGAUAUCAGGAAGGCCUAUGACAUACUCGCUGUACAUGCCAUGCCAUAAUUUUUAAUUGCAAUAAAAUGUUUUAUCUUAA